AUGCCUCCGAGGUAUGUUCUGACUAGCAUUCUGUGCUCGUUUGGCGGGUUCCUAUUCGGAAUCGACACGGGCAUCAUCGGCCCCGUCACCGUUAUGAGCUCGUUUUCCGCCCAGUUCGGCCCGCUGUCGUCAACUGUUCACGGUCUGGUCGUUUCAGCCAUUCUGAUCCCUGCUGCCCUUUCGUCUUUCUUUGCGGGAAAGGUAGCCGAUUUCCUUGGCCGGCCCAAGGGGAUCAGUAUCGGGGUUUUGAUUUUUGCUCUCGGAGCAGCCAUCGAGGCCGGAGCUGUCAGUUUGGGAAUGUUCAUUGCCGGAAGAUGCAUCGAGGGGAUUGGCGAGGGGCUAUAUUUAGGGACCUUGGUAGUCUAUAUUUGCGAAAUCUCCCCGCCUAGUAAACGAGGACCACUCACCUCGGGCCCUCAGCUACUGAUUACUCUCGGCCUUGUGGUCGGAUUCUUCACUUGCUACGGAACGGCCAACAUUAAUUCAUCCCUCUCGUGGCGCCUGCCAUUUAUCCUCUUAUCCGGCCUAGCUUUUACUUUCUCUGCCGCAGCACUGCUCUGGCUCAUCCCGUCUCCUCGCUGGCUCAGUGUACAUGGCCGCGCAGCCGAGGCAGCGGCAACAUGGGACUUUCUCGGUGUCAGCCAUGCCGAUCGCGAGAAGCUUGAGAUUGCUGAAGAGGAGGAGGAGCAAAGAGUCUCGGUUGAACUUGAAGACCCGCCAGUUAGACCGGCUGGUUCGCCUUCUGACAAAGACAAAGAAGCUCAAGUCACGACUCGUCCUGUAGAGAGUCACCACAAGAGUGCCUUCUGGGCUCUGUUUGCGCGCGAUGUGCGUGCGCGCAGUAUAUUUGCUAUAUUCCUGAUGGGCAUGCAACAGCUCAGCGGUAUCGAUGGAGUUCUAUACUACGCCCCCCUUCUCUUCCAACAAGCCGGCUUGACUUCCUCUGAAGCCUCCUUUCUAGCCUCGGGUGUCUCUGCGCUCGCCAUCUUCGGUGUCACUAUCCCGGCCCUGAUCUGGUCAGACAGCUGGGGGCGUCGACGCAGCACGAUCCUGGGUGGAUUCGGUAUCACAAUUGUCAUGUUUUUGAUCGGUGGACUGUAUGCUGGAAACGUAGUGCAUGCCGACACGGGGGCCGGCCGGUGGAUCGUCAUUGUGUCAAUCUACUUGUUCGCCGUCAUCUUCUCCCUGACGUGGGGCGUGGCUAUCAAAGUGUAUGCAGCGGAGAUUCAGCCACAGCAUACCCGUGCGGCAGCAACCAGUGUCGCGCACGGCAGUAACUGGGCGUGUAAUUUCCUGGUUGCGUUGGUGACUCCAAUCUUGCUGUCGCGUAGUAGCUUUGGUGCGUACUUCUUGUUUGGGGGUUGUAAUCUGAUCACGGCGGUGGUGUGUUUCUUUGCCAUGCCCGAGACAAAGGGCCGGUCGUUGGAGGAGAUUGAGGAGGUGUUCAAGAAGAAGAAUUUCGGGCCCAGUGGGUUGGCGAAGGGGAUUCGUAAUGCUUUUGGAGGGAGGAAUUAA